GGGCUCUGGAAGGGUGCGUGCACUGAGUGGGUCACAUGGCAAAGCCGGCAGCGCUGAGAGAGGAUGCGGAGCGCGGUAACUCGUAACUGCUGGUUUCUCCAUCUCACUGCAUGGGCUUCUCACAAGGCUGUCUUGGCUUUGCUUACUUGAACAGUGAAACAGAAGUUUACUUGGGUACAACUGAACAUGACUGAUUCUGCUGCCAAAAUGAAACCUCUUCAAAAUGGUGAUUUGUCAGAAGACUUUUUUGACAUGAACUAUUCUUCCUGGGAAGUCCGGUGCACUCUGAUAGUCGCUGGUUUUAUGUUCUAUUCAGUAGUUUUCCUUUUAUCACACAUGUUAGGCCUUGCGCUGUCGCUGACUUACCGCUCUCUGGCAGCAAAGGAGAAAGUGUUCUGGAAUCUUGCCGUCAGCCGCGGUUUAUUUGGGAUCCAGGGCCUGGUGGCAGGUCUUUGGGCACUCCUCAAGGAUCCUGUCCUGUGGGCUGACAAAACACUCGGUCAACAGAACUGGUGCUGGUUUAAUAUCCUGACAGCAUUUGGCUUCUUCCUGUUCGAGAAUGCAGCACUCCAUGGCUCCAACGUUGUUUUCAAAACCUUUGAUUUGCCUUUGGCUCUCCAUCAUUUUUUCGCCAUUUCUGGCUUUGGUAGCACUCUGAUCUGGGACAAUAUUGGCCACUAUUUGCCCAUGUUGAUACUGCUGCUGGAGAUGAGUACCCCAUUCACUUGCAUCUCUUGGAUAAUGUUGAAGGUGGGUUUUUCACACAAGCGGCUUUGGAAACUGAACCAGUGGCUGAUGAUCCACUUGUUCCACUGUCGUAUGAUCCUCACCUACCACAUGUGGUGGGUCUGCUGGCAGGACCUGGACAAAAUCAAGCUCUACGUCCCAGUUCCACAGCUGGUGGUGUUCUUCCCCGGGCUUUUUCUUCUCACAUUCAUCAUCAAUCCGUACUGGACACGCAAGAAGACGUUGCAGCUCUUUAACCCAGUGGACUGGAACUUUGCAAAGGAAAGCAGCAGAGUGGCAAAUGGUGAAAGGGACAUGACUCUUAAGAAAGCAACGUGAUGUGGAGUAUACAGCUACCGUUUGGGUGAUAAAGGAAACUGGCAGAUGUGCAACAUUUGACACAAAUUGUAAAUCAGUUUGGGUUCAGGCCUGUCCCCCAGACUUGGAACUUGUUUAUGUUUUAAUUAUCACCUACAUCAAAGUAUUCCUACAGUCCAAGUUAUGCAGUUGUACUGACCGUGAGGCAGAAAAGGUUUUGAGAAAUUGAAAUAUUUUAGUUAUUUACUUAAACUUGUUGGUUUACAUGUAAACAGUUUGAACACUGAUUUGACAAUUCCUUCUUAAACCUUUCAUGAGAUUUUUUGGCAAUUGAUUCUCAAAAAGUCCUUUUUUUUGAAGUAAUUCAUCAGACAGUGAUAAAUAGUACUAACUGAUUGUAUUAAUGUUUUUGGAUAAUAUAUUCCUUUGAUAAUGUCAUUGAACUUGUAUUAUUUACUUCCCACUCAUUGUGAUAAAUAUUUAACAUAUCUGCACUCACACCAGUAAUACUUUGCUGCAGUAGACUCUUUAGCAUUUAAGACUUCAUGGUAACUUUUUUAGUGUUUUAUUUAUCUCUCUUCAUAUAGCUUUUCACUGUUAAACAGUAUUUUACAUUCUUAAUAUUGAUUAUUGAAGAUCCAGUAUGUGCCCUAUAAUAAUUAACUCUGUGAAAUUUAAGGCUUCUAUAAACUGCCUAUGCUAUAUUGAACCCAAAGUUUGCUUUUGUGUAUUACUGGAAGGAAAGUUCUACAAGAACUCCCUAAAUCCCAGCAGAGGAAAUACCAAUCAGACACUUACUUAAAAGGCUAUUUGUACUACAGUUUAUUUGUAUUUUGUGGAUCUUGCCUGUACAAUUUCUAGAACUGACUAAUUUCCAAAGAAAGUCUUGCCCUUGUUUUGCCAUAUUAUUGCUGGUUUAGUUUUAUAAUUUGCCUCAUAUCUUUUGUACUCCUUGAAGAUGAGCAACAACAAAUUUUGUUGGAUUUGCAAGUUUUAUACUUCCUCAUUGUGAUGAUUCUUGUCAAUAAAGGAGGGAAAAUGGCAAUACUUCCAAUUCAGGUGGAAUUUCCUGUGGGAA